UAACCUGCAGGCCAUUCACUACUUUAACUAUUUCUUUUUUUCAAAAUACUUAGCUAAAUUAAUUUUUUGCAAAGUACAUUUUUAUCACAAAUGCAUUAAACAUGACAGUGACUUCCCGUCUCUAAAUCAAUGCAGGGUUGGAUUAUUCCUAACCGAUUAGCCAUCCUGUCGCAUAGGUCAAAAGUGACAUCAAACAUGGCGCUGCUCAUGAGAGGCAUGUUGCGACAGUUUGAUUCUUUUCUAUUUAUGACAGUUUCAGAAAAACUAAGGGUCGAGUCUCGAAGGUGUGUAAGGGCUCUAAGGAGAACACCAGUGAAAGUGCUUUACCCAGAAACCGAUGCUGCAGGAAAGCUACAAGCAGUGCAAUCAAUAAAGGCUCCGGAAGUUAGUGCCGAAAAUAAAUCCUCUCCAAUAUCGAGGGGAGCAGAAAGACAGUCUGAGUAUGAAACUAAGAAGCGAUCGCAUGGUCCAAGUGUUACAACAUCCCACCGGGUUUAUGAAAUUCAAGGGGAGACGCCAGGACUAAGAUACGAAAAAGCGAACCCCCUAGACAAGAAGCUGGGGAAGGUGAUAACUAUUGCAAAAUCCAGAAAGUUUCGAGAUCAGCAUGGCAAGAUCUUGUUGGAGGGUCGAAGAUUGAUCAUUGAUGCCCUGUCCUCAGGAGCUGUGUUGAACACCCUUUUCUUCAGUACAGUAGAUCAACUAAAGGAAUUCCCACAAGAGAAACUGAAGCGGGCAAACUUGAUUAAAGUCAAGUUUGAAGACAUUCAAACUUGGUCUGAUUUGGUGACACCACAAGGAUUUAUGGCAAUAUUUUCAAAACCAGACCACUCAAAGAUGACCUACCCAUCAAUGGAGCUGAAGCAUGCUUUACCUAUGUCACUAAUUUGUGAUAACAUCCGAGACCCAGGGAACCUGGGCACCAUCUUAAGAUCUGCAGCUGGGGCUGGCUGCAGUAAGGUGCUUCUCACAAAGGGAUGUGUGGAUGUUUGGGAGCCUAAAGUGUUGAGGGCUGCCAUGGGUGCUCAUUUCCGAAUUCCUGUAAUUUCAAACCUGGCAUGGGAAGAGAUUCCAAACUACCUUCCAAGCACAAUAGCUGUCCAUGUCGCUGACAGUUGUAGCCGUCCACCUGAAUCUCGACCUCAGCCCAGAAAAGCCACACUGAAUAAACAAAAAAUGCAUUACGAAGAAGAUGAAGAUGAAGAUUCAGAUUCAGAUUCAGACAUGGGUAGGUUUACCUUACCAGAUGUGGAAUCACAGUUAUAUCAUAAGAACUGGGCCAGUGGCGAGUUUGCUGUUGUGAUUGGUGGCGAGACUCAUGGACUUAGCCUGGAAGCUCUCCAGUUGUCAGAAACGACCAGAGGAAGGCGGCUUAUUAUUCCAAUGGUUCCAGGAAUGGACAGUUUAAAUUCAGCUGUGGCAGCUAGUAUCUUGAUAUUUGAAGGGAAAAGACAGCACAAUCUGAAGGCAAAACAAGAACAACUAAAGUCUCAUUGCCAGCUGCCAUAGACUUAACUGGUUGUUUAAUCUUUUUUUUGGAAUUCUUUUGUUUCACCUUUUGUACGUGUCACUGCUUCUUUACAUCUCUUGGACUUCCUGAGGGUUGACUACUUGCCUGUUAUAGGCACUGUCAUAAAACAUAAUGAUACUUAACAAGGAUGUAGUGGUCCAAUUUUUCUAAAAACUGAGUGAAGGAGUAACUUUAAAUUACAGCUUAUUGUCUUACUGCACAUUGCUCAGAUGGAUGCAGUCUUAAAUCCUCCAAGUCAAAAAAUAGAAAAUAUCCAGAAAAGGGCAAAUGCAAUUGCAGAUCUUCAAAAAAUGUUAGAUAUAAUUAUUAUUUGGAUUGAUGCUCACCUUAAAUGCUUUGCCAGUAAUGCUCAGUUGUCAACACACACUACAUCAGAAAUCUUAGCACUGUGAAACAUAUAAAUGAGCCAGGAGUUAUUCUUUAAUUGCAGCCAAGCGAUACUUGCUUCAAGUGGCUACUUAGUAAAUAAGAAAAUUAACCGGGAUCUGCUCUUUAUGAAGAACAGUGGCAAGACAAGUUGUGAGUACUGUAAAUAAACUGAACUAGACAUUAGUGUAUGGAAAAAGAGGAAAUUAAGGAUAAUAGGAUUGUUGAGCUAAAAUACUAGUUGUACCUAUCGUACUGCAUACCAUCCUAAAAAACCACUGUGCCCAGCUGAAACAGUAUGUUGGCGAGGCUUCUAGUGCC